AUGGAGCAAGCGAAAUCUGGGCGAAACAGAGAGUCUCAUCAGGGUGUUCCAACACGGUGCUUGUGUGGAAAUCGCAUUGCUACAUUUGUUUCGAAGACAGAGAAGAAUCCUUUUAGGAGAUUCUAUCGUUGUGAAGUCGCUAUGCAGAUAUGCUUGUUGCAAAGAAAAGGUGAAGCUCAUCUGUUCAAGUGGGUUGACGAAGCUUUGGUUGAGGAGGUUUCUUUGGUUGAAGCUAGACAAAGAACAGUUGAAGAAGAUUUGGAAGCUUUGGUUAAGACAGAGAAAAGUGAAGAAGCAGCGGUUUUGGAGAACAAUGGAUGUCUAAGUGCCAUAACAUGGUUGUGUUGUAAAUUUUGGUAA